AUGGCUCGAAUAAUACUGCUGAAAAACAAAACAGUCCCUACGGAUCCAUACGAUGAGCUGUUCAGCCAAAACCAGUACGAGCCAGUGUUUCUGCCGCUGCUGAGACACUCGUCCAUAAACGAAAAAGAAGUGAAGGAAUUUCUCAAAUCUGAUCUGUAUCUGAACGAGUACCAGGCACUGAUUGUGACGUCCCAGCGGUGCAUCGAGACGCUUGCCAAGCUUUUACAGGAGCUGAGGCACGAGAAAUUUGAACGGCUUGACCAAAUACUCAACAAGCCUUCGUACACCGUGGGCCCCACGACGUCUCAGUAUUUAGAGAAUCUGGGAUUCACAGAUAUUCGUGGCGGCAAGGACGCUGGGAACGGUUCCAUUCUGUCGGACAUCAUCAUCGGUGACCCGUUGUUCCGUUCAAGUGCCAAAAAGGUGCUAUUUCUCACGGGAGAAAUACGCAAAGAUAUUAUUCCGCGAAAACUCAAGUCCAUCGACUUUAACGUCCUGGAGCUCGUUUCCUACCGCACAGAACCCCUCGAAGAUAUACAAAGCAGGUACGAGCAGCUGUCGCAGACGGCUCCAGACAAGUCGUGGCUGAUCUUCUUCUCCCCUCAGGGAACGGCCGACAUUGUGAAUAUCCUCAAGGAGAAGAAGCACAAUUUCCAAAUUGCGUCGAUCGGCCCGACGACAGAGGAGUAUCUUCUAGACAAUGGUAUUAAGCCGGCAGUGGUGUCGUCUAAGCCAGAUGCCAAAUCGUUACUGUCCUCGAUUAUGAACUAUGAGCAUGCUAUUUAG